UUUUAUAAUUUUUUCAGAUCCGUCUGCAGGAACUACUCCUACCCAGACUCUAUGUCUAACAACAACGACGGGGGCAUCGGUCCCAUCUCGCCGCCGGCGCUACUUUCCCCCAGCGGUAAACUUCCAUCGCCAGGUGGGAAACUCCCAUCGUUGGACCCGACGGAUAGGUUUUUGGGAAAAGGCUCCCCGUUUUCGCCAUCUAAUGGAGACCCCCAGAGACAUUCCCAGAGUGACGAUGACAGCGGAUGUGCCCUAGAGGAGUACACGUGGGUGCCACCUGGACUCAGGCCUGAUCAAGUGCACUUAUACUUCAGCGCGCUGCCAGAAGACAAAGUGCCGUACGUCAAUUCCGUGGGAGAGCGGUACAGAGUGAGACAACUCCUUCAGCAGCUGCCGCCCCACGAUAACGAGGUGCGCUACUGUCAUGCCCUUUCCGAUGAAGAGAGGAAGGAAUUGCGGCUGUUUUCCGCUCAGAGGAAGAGGGAGGCUCUGGGUCGGGGGGCGGUCAGACAAGUGCCGGGGACGAUGCAAUGCGAUGGGUGCGAAGAAACUCUGUCGGCGGGCGACAUCGGCGUCUUCGCCAGCCGAGCGGGCCCCAACACCUGCUGGCACCCGGCCUGUUUCACCUGCACCGUCUGCCGAGAACUCCUGGUCGACCUCAUUUACUUCUACAGGGAGGGCCGGUUGUAUUGCGGCCGGCAUCACGCGGAAACCAUCAAACCGAGAUGUUCGGCGUGCGACGAGAUCAUCCUCGCAGACGAAUGUACGGAAGCGGAAGGUCGAGCUUGGCACAUGAAACACUUCUCUUGCUCCGAAUGCGAAAGACAACUAGGUGGCCAGCGGUACAUAAUGAGAGACGGCAGGCCUUACUGUCUCCAUUGCUUCGAUGCCAUGUUCGCUGAGUACUGCGAUUCCUGCGGAGAGCCAAUAGGAGUCGACCAAGGCCAGAUGUCGCACGAAGGUCAACACUGGCACGCCACUGAAAGCUGUUUCUGCUGCCACACUUGCCAUACGUCGCUACUAGGAAGACCGUUCCUUCCUAGAAGAGGAGCCAUUUAUUGUUCCAUAGCUUGCAGCAAGGGCGAGCCUCCUACGCCGAGCGAUUCUUCAGGACCAAAUACUCGAAUACCUAGACAACCUUUGAAGAACAGACCGCCCAGACCUCCUUCUCCAAACGAAAGUAGUACACCUCCUUUGUCGCCUUCCGUACGAAGACAUUUGCCGCCUAGAUCUCCUACUACGCCAUCACCUUCUUCACCGACGGGACCAUGCCAAUAUGUAAAUAGAUCUCCUACUAACACUAGGUCACCUAAAAUGGGAAGAAGAGCCUUACAACGAUCCCCUAAGCCUUGUUCUAUACCUAGCACCCCCACAUUAUCGGAUAAUGGCACGAAUACCUCCCCACUCGACCAAACCAACGAAGACACUCCCAAAGGUCUUCCAUCUUCAUCGCCUAGCUGUCGAGGUUUAGACAGAGUAUUACUCGAAAGGAACCUAGAAAGGUUAUUAACCGAAAGGGGUACCCAAAGCCAUUCUCCAGAUCUAGAAAAAUUAUUAUUAGCUAGAGACAGAAGCCGGGAACCUUUACAUCUAGCCGACUUGAGCAUAGACGAAUGGACCGCUCGUUGUAUGUCAGAUGGGAAAAAAGACGACUCUGAUAAGCAAAGCAGUAAUGCCGAAGAAAAAGAUUCUAAUACUAGUAAUGCAGAACAAACCCCUCAACAUGCGUCUUCCAUGCCUGAACUAGCCAUACCAGGAUCUAGUGAUACCGGAAACUCUACUACGCCCGGAUCUCCUAGUAAGAAAGGCAAAGAAUCUCUAAGUGUUCGAUUCCAAGGCGACAACGAAGGCUUUGAAGGUGAUGAGAACGACAACGCUAGUUUAGAAGCUUCGAGGCGAUUUCCAAGGAGUAGAAGCUACUCCGGUAGAUCCAGACAUGGCGAUUCUUUACAAAGAAAAGGCAAAUCUAAAGCGACGAGUUCUGAUUGCUCUCGUGCCGGUAGCUCGAGAACUAGAGAAAGAGACGACGAUACUGAAAGCUACUGUUCUACUUGUUCAUCCAGUUCUUCUAGCGACGAUCUCGAUUACCAGUUACCGCCAAGAAGAGCUUACGGAGGUGUACGGAUUUCGUAUGUUCCUAACGAUACUCUUGCCAUAGCUAGGAGGCGGCAAGCUACGAUUCAGAAAUCACCGAGUAAGAAGACGAUUCCGAUGGACGACAAAGAUAAGAAUUGUGUAAUAUCGUGAUUGUUGGUGUGGAAAAAUUAUUGGUCUUCUUUCAAGCGAUAAGCGACACCAACUUUAAUAUGUUAUGAUUUCAUUUACAAAUCUUGAUACAGUUAAAACAUUUUUGGAAAGCAAGAUGCUUUCUAAACGGGAUUUGUUUUGAAUGAAAUCUUUUGCGUAAAAGAUAAUGUAUUAGGCGAUAACUCAGUAAAAUCUAUCGAUUUUUUUAUAGUACAG